GAGAGUCGAGGAGAGGGCGCAGAGGGUGAGCGGCGCCGCACCUUCUCCAUUCCCGGCUCAAGUCUCCGUCGCCCCGUCCUCCUCCGGAGUCGUCGCCGCCAUGAGGCCCUACGAGAGCGCGAUCAAGCUCGGCCGGGGUGGGAAACGGCACCGGAAGAUUAGCAUGGACAAGCAGGCGGAGCAGAUCAAGGCCAGUGUGCCCAGUGAUGACGAGGUCGACGAGGUUAUCCCCAUGUCUGACAAAGAAAAAGAUGCUGUGGCCAAGGUGUACGCGACAGCCCGGGCGAAGAUGGCUGCCGCCUCCAAGUCCAACGCAUCGACGACUCUUGCUCCCGCUCCGGCUCCAUCGACCGAGAAGUCCCCCGCCUCCGCCCCGUCGUCCACACCGUCUGCGACCACGUCCUCUCCGUCGAUUACAUUGUCCGCGACCGUGCCCGCCCCGUCGACGACCGAGACGGCCCCCGGCCCCGCCCCGUCGACCACACCCUCCGCGGCAUGACAUGACCGCCCGCCGCACGCCACCGCCACCUUCCACGGAUGCUGGUAUCACAGGCUACUCGUCAAAAUACAUUGGCAAUCGCCCGUUGGCCACGUUCCUGUGGUGAUAUGAAUGAACUACAUCAAUUUUUGUUUGUCGUGUGUUUUGGAUGUUCCUGCAAUAUUCUCGUUGAUUAGAGAAGCAAUA